UGCCCGGCGGCGUGGGGGCGGUGCCUCAGGUCUGGUACAGUCAUCCCAAGCCUCUUCGGCGGGACUGUGAUGGCCGGAGAGAUGACGAUCUUAGGAUCAGCUGUUUUGACUCUCCUGUUGGCUGGCUAUUUGGCACAACAGUAUUUACCAUUGCCUACUCCUAAAGUGAUUGGCAUUGACCUUGGCACCACCUACUGUUCAGUGGGUGUGUUCUUUCCUGGCACAGGAAAAGUAAAGGUCAUUCCAGAUGAAAAUGGGCAUAUCAGCAUACCCAGCAUGGUGUCUUUUACUGACCAUGAUGUACAUGUGGGGUAUGAAAGCUUAGAGCUGGCAGAUUCAGAUCCUCAGAACACAAUAUAUGAUGCCAAAAGAUUCAUAGGCAAGCUUUUUACCCCAGAAGAGCUGGAGGCUGAAAUUGGCAGAUACCCAUUUAAGGUUUUAAACAAAAAUGGAAUGGUUGAGUUUUCUGUCACAAGUAAUGAGAGCAUCACUGUUUCCCCAGAAUAUGUUGGUUCUAGAUUAUUAUUGAAAUUAAAGGAAAUGGCAGAGGAGUAUCUUGGAAUGCCAGUUGUCAAUGCUGUUAUUUCUGUACCAGCAGAAUUUGAUCUAAAACAGAGAAAUUCAACAGUUGAAGCUGCUAACCUUGCAGGACUGAAGAUCUUAAGGGUGAUAAAUGAACCCACCGCAGCGGCUAUGGCCUAUGGUCUCCACAAGGCUGAUGUCUUCCAUGUCUUGGUGAUAGAUUUAGGUGGAGGAACUCUAGAUGUGUCAUUGCUGAAUAAACAAGGAGGAAUGUUUCUAACCCGGGCAAUGUCUGGAAACAAUAAACUUGGAGGACAGGACUUCAAUCAGAGGUUGCUUCAGUACGUAUAUAAACAGAUAUAUCAGACAUAUGGCUUCCGACCCUCCAGGAAAGAAGAAAUCCACAGAUUAAGACAAGCUGUGGAAAUGGUCAAAUUAAACCUAACUCUUCAUCAGUCUGCUCAGAUGUCAGUAUUGCUGACGGUGGAGGAAGAGGACAGGACCGAACCUCAGAAUGGUGUCACUGAACUGCCAAAGGACAGACUGUCCCCAGUAGAUGGCCCCCACAUGGACAGCAUGUUUGGAGCUGGCCUUUCUGAAAAGAAGAGUAGAGAAAGUCAGGUUUUAUUUGAAACGGAAAUAUCACGGAAGCUCUUUGACACCCUUAAUGAAGAUCUCUUCCAGAAAAUACUGGUGCCCAUUCAGCAAGUAUUAAAAGAAGGCCAUCUGGAAAAGACGGAGAUUGAUGAGGUGGUUUUGGUUGGGGGCUCUACUCGUAUCCCUCGGAUCCGCCAAGUCAUCCAGGAGUUCUUUGGAAAGGAUCCCAACACGUCAGUAGACCCUGACCUGGCAGUGGUGACAGGAGUGGCCAUCCAAGCAGGGAUUGAUGGAGGCUCUUGGCCUCUUCAAGUCAGUGCUUUAGAAAUUCCCAAUAAGCAUUUACAAAAGACCAACUUCAACUGAAUUAUGGAGGAAUGAUGAUUAUUUGUGAUCUUGUCUGAUGAUCUAUUCCUUUUUAUCAGACCACCUCCUCCAAAGAAAGUCUCUAAAAUAUCUCACAAAUUUAUCUAAAAAGCAACAUUUAGAUACACAAAAAUUUUACAUGACAUUUUGUUUUAGGAUUGAAUGUGACCAGAUUGAUCCUGUUUGAUUUUGGAGAGAUCCCAUUGCAACAUACUUUUAAAAUGAUAGAAUUGAGGUACAACUCCCUUAUAGGAGCAUGGGUGGCUUUAUUUUCCGGAUUCUGGAAGUAGAUAACCAUAUGCACUUAAAAUUAUAUUCUGUAAGCAUUACCUAGUACCAAUUCUAGGACUCCCAGUUCUUACUAAAUUGUAUUAGCAGGAGCUGGUAAUUUAUUUACUUGGUUAUAACAUGUAACUAUUAAUUUGAACUAUACUUGAAGGACAGUGUUAGUGUCAGAUAUUUACAUUGGCUGGGAGAUAGCAGUAUUAGUAAUGCAAGCUGCACAUGUAAUAUUUAAUAACUGCCAUGUUGUAUAACAAAAUUACUUCCACAAAUUUAGUAUCCCAUUAUGUGUCCUAUUCAUGUAACCGGCCCGUUCUCUAGAUUUUUAAAAGAUGUUUAUUGGAUCAGUUUUUCUUUCUAAAACAGCUAUAGAUUUAUUCAAAUGUUUCAAUACCAGAUAGCAGAAAUACCCAUUUAUGUUCUAGUUCCUCCGUCUUGCAGUGCAUCAUUCUCUGCUUGGAUUUCCAUAAUUCUGCCUGGUUAGAAAACAAUGGGGAAUAUUUAAUUGCAUUAAAUGUGUUAAUGUCACAAUAAAGCCAUCAUUACCAUCACUUUUUAUUUUUUUUUGUUAUCCAAGACCUUUGUAGACAGUGGUAAACAGCAGUAAUUAGCUACAGUAUUUGUUUUACGUUUUUGUUUUUGUUUGUUUUCAGUAAGCCCUGGAGAAUGAAGCUUGUAUUUGAUUUAGUUUUACUGAGAUUUUUUUCCCCAUUUUUAUUUUUGAAUGAGGAAAAUGUGUUCAUUUGUAAAAACCUUGCUAUGAUUUCCCAUUGUCAUUUUAAAAUAGUCACACUUGGAUUACUUUUAGCCUUACGGUUAGUGUGUGAUGGGAGCAAAAAAUUCAUGGAUACUGGAAACAAUGUGGAAAUCUAAUAUGAAUGGCAGUGUAGAAAAUUUUCCACCAAUCAGCAUUUGUAGCAGUUUUGUUUUGGUCUCUUUCCUUUUAGAAAAGCUACGGGGACCAAGAGAAAAAAUAUAGCAGCUCUCUUUCUGUGAUGCCCAUAUUAUAUGAAGAUUUAUUUUUUUCCUUAAGAGAGGCAUGUUUCAUAUCAAUAUUCAAAAAUUAUACUCUGAUCAACAUUUUUGUUAAAUUAUAUCUGUUUUAUCCAUUGUUGAAUUUUCAAUGACUGAAAAAACUAAAGCAAACUCAUUUCAACAAUAUCAAAACAUUUCAGCUAAUCCUUAGGAAAAAGCUGAAUGUUAAUAUUUUUUGUAGAUCUAAAGAAGAAAAUUUCUUAGCAGUGAAACUGCUGUUAAAACAUAAUUUCAAAUACUUUUAUGUACAGAAAAUGUCUGUAGUAGGUAGAUAGAAAAAUAUAAAAUGUUUGUUGACAUUUCCUUUUAGAACUAAUGGAGAAAUGCCAAAGAGGAAUCCUUCGCUGCGUUAUGAAAAUAUUGAAGUGUUCUCUUGGACUUUGUACUUAUCUUUAAUAGAUCUUAGAAUGGGAAAAGAUCUUCCUAUAAAGGUCUUUAAGAUAAAAGUGUUCAAUUUAUCAAAAUCUCCACAUGCAGUAUCAGCGUCAACCUAAAGCAUUUUAAGUUUUUUUAAAAAUAGUUUGAAUUUCUUCAGUAUCUGAGAUAGUUUAGGACAAUCUGUUAACACUUUUUAGAGGGAACAAUUUGCAAAAUAGGGCAGCUAAUCUGAUACUCUGGAAUUUAAAUAAUUUGAUUGUGUCUGAAAAAUAUGGCAGUGUUGGAAUUUGGCAGUAGUUUAGCAUAUUCUCUAGUAUAGUUACAUCUUUAAAAAAUGAAGUAAUGUCUGUUUUCAAUCAUAUUUUAGGAGGUUAUAUAUAAAUAGACUUGACAUCAAUAUAGUUUAUUUAUUUAAAAGAUAAAAAUGUAUCCUAAAAGGGAUCAUUUAUGCAUAAUAAUCUGAAGACAUUUUUCAUAAAGCAAACCUACUACAUUUUGGUUGUACAUCUAGCUAGUGUUUUUUGAAGUACAUAACUUUGAAAAUAUGAACUGUCUUGUGUGAUUAGAAUAUGUGAAUGAGUAAUUUAUUUUGUAUUAGGAAUGUUUUGGUACUGUGUUUUCACUCAAACCACUGACGCACCUAUAGAUACUACUGUGUAUAAUGUACUGAAGAUUAUGGUUCUUGUGCAUAACAGAUUGUGCCUCUUAAAUUUCUGUGUAUACAGGUAAUUCACAUUUUAGUGUAAAUAAAUACAACUUUGCAGUUUGUUUUAAA